CACCGCAGCCACCACUGCGAGUACGUUGCAAACCAAAACAAUGCUCGAUGCUUGUGACUGAGUGCGCCUGUAAUGCGUCUCUCUCUCUGCGUCCAAACUCGCUGCGCAGCGGGAACUGAAAGGAAGGAAGGAAGGAAGGAGGAACGGCAAGAAAAUCCCCCCAACUGAAGGGGGAUUCCCACCUCAAGACGCGUCCUGUGUAAACGAAACAUGGCAAAACAAAGCAAAGCCUUUUUUUGCGCCACGACAGUGCACCUACCGGGUGGUUCUAUCGGGACACGGCGUCGCGUAUAUAAAACCGUCGGAUCGUGGUACCGACCAGCAUCAGUCAGUCAACGGCAGCCAGCCCAACGUCAACCUUCAAAUCGAUAGUCCAUUCCAAUAGCAAUCCAAUUCAAAAAUGAACUUCAACAAAAUCCUGGUCCUCGCCGUGGUCCUAGCCGCCCUUCUGCUGGUCGGUCAAACGGAUGCUGGAUUUCUCAAGAAGCUCGGCAAAAAGAUCGAAGGAGCUGGCAAGCGCGUGUUUAACGCGGCCGAGAAGGCACUCCCGGUGGCGGUCGGUGUGAAGGCGCUCGGCAAAUGAUCAACGGACUCGUGUCGCUGGUCGAGCGACGGCGGGAUGUCAAGAUGGCGCAUCACUCCUGCCCCUUAUGCUUUACUCCUAAUGCACUGUUUCAGUGCACUAGAGCAGUGCGUGUGUGUGUGUGCAUAGCUCAAUCGAAUUGGGAUGUCAAAAUGUGUGUGUGUUUUGAAUAAAACCAAAAUCUCAAU